CAGGCUGGGCAAGAGCGAGCGGCCGGCUGCUGGGCUGCUGAGCAGCUUGGACCGGACCGGGAUCGGGACCCAGCACCAUGCCGGGCCCCCGGGGGCUCGCCUUGCUCCUUCUCCUGUUGGGCAGCUACGCCGCCAGGCGCCCCCAAGGCAUCCAUUUUGCAGAGAAGAUGGACUCUUCCAAACCAAACCCACUCCGUUCAGACGAGCUCACAAAUAACACACUUCUCCGAGCGAACGCCGAGUCAAGGUACACCACCGCAGAGAGCCUGGUACGGUCGACGGAAGACGACUCGGACCAUCCUAUAGCGAAGACAACCUCGCUGCAAAGGGACGUCGCUUUCCCGGAACCGACAGCUCCCCCUGACACCCACACGAGACAAAGCCCGGCGUCAAAGAAGAAGACGCCCUCUUUAAAGCAGGGAAACGCAGCGAGGAAACACCAGAGACUCCAAACCACCACUACUACCACCACGGUUGCCCAAGCCAACUUGCCAAACUCGAGGCCUUUUGUCUCUAUGGACAACCUACCCAUGCCGGAGGGGGAAGGCCUCAUGGCUAUGGCUCAUGAAGAGGAACCUACAGUUCCCGAACAGACCUCAUGGGGUAGCAAGAAAAGAAGCCGUGGUGUGACCAGCCCAUCGCAGCUCCAGAUCUCGCCUUUCACAACGCAGCCUGGGAGCCUUCAGGCUUCCUCUCAAUGGCUGGAAGGAAAGGAUCCGUUCAGGACUGCCGUUCCAGAGGAAAAAGAGGCCCAGAUCCUCAGCAGCAGCAAGCCCAGGAGCGCCAAGGGUGAGACCAGGAGGAGCUCGUUCUACCAGGAGGGCCAAGGAACAACCACGUCCACCAUUGUCACCACCACGGUGAUUAACACCGAGCAAACUCCAAUUCUCUGCGGUGUGAAUUUCUACGAGCCGGAGGGAUACAUUGACUCAACGGAUUACCCGCCCCUGCCUCAGAACAACUUCCUGGAAUGCACGUACAACGUGACCGUCUACACUGGAUACGGGGUGGAGCUGCAGGUGAAAAGUGUGAACCUGUCGGAGGGGGAACUGCUUUCCAUCCGCGGAGUGGACAAUGAGCACUUGGUGAUCUUGGCUAAUCAGACGCUUUUAGUGGAAGGCCAGGUUAUCCGCAGCCCGACCAACACCAUCUCUGUUUUCUUCCACACCUUCCAGGAUGACGUAAUCGGGACGUUCCAGCUCCAUUAUCAAGUCUUUAUGCUGAGUUGCAGCUUCCCACGGAGACCGGACUUCGGGGAAGUCACCGUCAUGGGCCUGCAUUCCGGCGGCAUGGCCCAUUUCCAUUGCCACCUGGGCUACGAACUUGAGGGGCCCGAAGCCCUGACCUGCAUCAACGCUUCCAAGCCACACUGGAGCACCCCGGAGCCGGUCUGCUCAGCACCCUGCGGAGGGACGGUGCGGAACGCCACCCUGGGUCGCAUCCUGGCACCAACUCACCUGAGGAAUCACACGGAGAGUAUGUUCUGCGUGUGGACGAUCAGUGCGCCAGAAGGCCAGAAACUCCACCUGCACUUUGAGAGGCUACAGCUGGGAGACAAGCAAAGGAUGGUCGUCUACAGCGGAGAGACGAACCUCUCGGCAGUCCUCUACAGCGCCCGCCAGAGUGACAGCGUGCCCUUCGAGGGGGUGAUCAGCGAAGGUACCACCUUACGUGUCGACUUCACAGCGGAUGACCCAAAUGCCGGACCAAUGUUCAACAUUCGUUUUGAAGCAUUUGAGAAAGGGCACUGCUAUGAGCCGUACAUUCAGAACGGGAACUUUACCACCUCUGACCCCACCUACAACCUCGGGACGAUUGUGGAGUUCACCUGUGACCCUGGCCACUCGCUAGAGCAAGGACCGGCCAUCAUUGAGUGUAUCAACAUCCGGGACCCUUACUGGAAUGAUACGGAGCCGCUGUGCAGAGCGAUGUGUGGAGGAGAACACUCCACGGCAGCUGGGAUAAUCCUUUCCCCCAACUGGCCGGAACCCUACGCCGAGGGCGAAGACUGUGUCUGGCGGGUCCACGUCGGAGAGGAGAAGCGCAUUUUCCUGGACAUCCAGUUCUUGAACCUGAGCAACAGCGACAUCCUCACUGUCUAUGACGGAGAUGACCUCAGCACCCACAUUCUGGGACAGUACCUGGGCAGCAGUGGGCCCCUGAAACUUUACUCCUCGACGCCGGACUUGACGAUCCAGUUCCACUCCGACCCGGCUGGGCUCAUCUUUGGGAAAGGGCAGGGCUUCAUCAUGAGCUACAUCGAAGUGUCCCGGAAUGACUCCUGUUCCGACUUGCCAGAAAUUCAGAACGGCUGGAAGACCACCUCUCACGCAGAGCUUGUUCGAGAGGCCAAAAUAACCUACCAGUGUGACCCGGGGUAUGAUAUUGUCGGGAGUGACACCCUCACCUGCCAGUGGGACCUCACCUGGAGCAGUGACCCGCCCUUCUGUGAGAAAAUUAUGUACUGCACAGACCCUGGGGAGGUGGAGCACUCGACCCGUCUGAUUUCUGACCCGGUGCUGCUGGUUGGGACCACGAUCCAGUACACCUGCAAUCCAGGCUUUGUGCUCGAAGGAAGCUCCCUCCUGACCUGCUAUAGCCGGGAAACAGGGACGCCCAUCUGGACUUCACGGCUGCCCCACUGCGUGUCUGAAGAAUCCCUUGCUUGCGACAAUCCGGGGCUGCCGGAGAACGGGUACCAAAUCCUGUACAAGCGCCUCUACCUGCCCGGGGAAUCGUUGACUUUCAUGUGCUACGAAGGCUUUGAGCUCAUAGGCGAGGUCACCAUCAAGUGCAUUUUGGGGCAGCCGUCCCGAUGGAGCGGGCCGCUCCCCAUCUGCAAAGUGAAUCAAGAUAGCUUUGAACACGCCUUGGAAGUAGCCGAAGCUGCGGCAGAAACAUCCUUGGAAGGGGGAAACAUGGCGCUGGCCAUCUUCAUCCCAGUCCUCGUCGUCUCCCUGCUCCUCGGUGGAGCGUACGUCUACAUCACAAGGUGUCGCUACUAUUCCAGCCUGCGCUUGCCCCUCAUGUACUCUCACCCGUACAGUCAAAUCACAGUGGAGACGGAGUUUGACAACCCAAUUUACGAGACAGGGGAAACACGGGAAUACGAAGUGUCCAUCUAAAGCCAGCCAUGUGGGAGUGUCCAGACACAGCCUCGAUUUCCUCUCCCAGAACCUCCUCAAGUGAUAAAUUUGGACGCUCGGUGGAGUUUGGCUGAGACCUCGAACCUGCGGCUCUUUUCCCUUUCGAUCAAAGGUGUUGCCCUUUCUCCCUCCCUCCCCAGUUAUGUUCCAAGCAUCCCAGGUGGGCACGGAUGGCACGCGAGGCUUGCUGGCUCCGGAGCGAAGCCCUGCCCGCCGGCAAACGGGACCACUGUGGUCUAUUAGUGUUUUGGGGUUUUCGUCGUCUGUUUGUAUGUUCGUUUUAAAAAAAGAUGGUUGCAAACCGGUACGUGGGCAAGCC